CAUCAACGGUCAGUGUCAAAGCUAGCAAGAAAACAGCUCUGCCCGACGGUACGUUUAUAUAAGGGAAAUUACGGUUGCUAAAUUAUUUUUAAAACGACGUAGUUUAGUGUUUACAUGUUUUUGAAUGCGGUUCUAAUGGGUGGCUUCUGUGCGGAAGCUGCGUAAAGCGUGUAAACAUUAGCUAAGGCUAAAAGGAAGAACACGUUGUCUUUGUCAGACAGCGAGUUGAGUGUGUCGCUCGAUCAGGAAACAAGCACACGGAGACGUUUUUGACCUCGUUACUCAGGAUGCCAUGCCACAAUCAGCAACUGAACAAUGUCAGCAGUGGCCAGGAGCACCCAAUGAAGCAAGUUCGGUUUGCAAACAGCAGCAGCAGCGUGCCUGCAGUGCUGUCCAACCCUGAGCCAAGUGAUGUCUCCACACAGGAUGACAGCCAAGAUAACCUGGGACCUCAGCUCAAGCUGCUCCCUCUGAAUGACCAGAUCCGUGAAUUACAGACCAUAAUCAGAGACAAGACAACCAGCAGAGGAGACUUUGUGUUUUGUGCGGACCGCCUGAUCAGACUCGUAGUUGAAGAGGGCUUAAAUCAGCUGCCCUACUCAGAGUGCACUGUUACUACACCAACAGGGUACAAGUAUGAAGGUGUCAAGUUUGAAAGAGGCAACUGUGGAGUCAGCAUUAUGAGGAGCGGCGAGGCCAUGGAGCAGGGUCUCCGGGACUGCUGCCGCUCCAUCCGCAUCGGCAAGAUCCUCAUCCAGAGCGAUGAGGAGACACAGAAAGCCAAGGUGUACUACGCCAAGUUCCCCCCAGAUGUGUACAGAAGAAAAGUACUGCUCAUGUACCCAAUUCUUAGUACAGGAAACACUGUGAUCGAGGCGGUGAGGGUGCUGAUAGAGCACGGAGUCCAGCCCCGACAUAUCAUCCUCCUCAGCCUCUUCUCCACCCCUCAUGGAGCUAAAUCUAUUAUCCAGGAGUUCCCAGAUAUCACCAUCUUGACCACGGAGGUUCACCCAGUGGCUCCAACACAUUUUGGACAGAGGUACUUUGGCACUGACUAAACGGAGGACAACCUGAGGAACAUGAUCUGCAGAUUGUUUUGGGUAUAUUUCUGGCACACUUUGUCUUGUAUCUCAUGUUCUCCUUGUUGUGCCAAAUUCUGCUAUGUAAGGUUCCUAAACUGACACAAAAGGAUUAAUCUGAUCGCUGUAUUUAUUAUGUUUUGUUGCUGUGUAUACUCAUGCUAUAAGAGAGAAAACAACACAGAAUCAUAUAAAGAGUUCAACUUGGAUCAUUUUAUUUUGCAUGUUACAACAACUGAAGGAUCAAUAAAGAAUUUAUAUUUGUUUACAGACAGAACAGCAAAAGAAACUGGAUCAGUGUUUUUGGUAGUUCUGAGGUUAUGAAAAGGGAAGCACCACAAUCACAUACUCCAAAUACAGUUCAAAAGGGACCAUAUGUGCUCUAGCAGUAUUGAACUCCUGUCUGCCAGCUGGGUGUAAUUUGUCAUCUUUUCAUGCUAUAAAUAUCCUACGAUUUGAUAAAAGCACAUUGCUUCGA